GAAUGUGGGUGGGGGUACAGGUUGGGGGGGCGCCUAGGUUGGGAGGCCAGUGAAAGCCACCCUGGGGAGAGGACAGCUCAGCCGAAGCCUGAUGGAUGAGACGGAGCCAGCGGCACACAACCUGCAGACAGGAUUGCAGGCAGAAGGAACAGCACAUGAAAACUCCCUGCGGCCAGAGCGGGGUUCUCCACAGCAGUGUGGCUGGACGGGGAGAUGGAGCAAAGGGAGAAGCACGGAGCUUGGUCACCCGGGCCUGGUGGGACUGGUUAGAGCCUGGAUUUUAUGGCCAGGGCAAUGGGAAGCCAUCGGAGAGUUUUAAGCAGGGGAGUGACACGAUCUGAUUUAUGAUUUUAAAAGAUUAUUUGGUACCCAAGAAAUGGUUAUCAGAAUGGCCCCGGGGAGGGAAAUGGUGACUGAGGAAUGGGAUGGAGAAAAAAAGGUGUUUUCUCUGUAGAUCUUUGCGUCCUUUCUGAAUGUAGUACCGUGUACUUAUAUCAACUAUGCCGAAAAACCCCAAAACCAAAAAGUAGUUAAAAAAGAAUAGCUUAUAACUUGGAAUAUGUAUGUAAUAAGAAGACAAAGAUAUAAACCUGUAUGGUACACUAUAUGCAUACCUACGCCCAUCAUGCGCGCGUACGUGGAGAGAAGACUAGAAGGCUGCCUUGAGAUGUUUGCUGAGGUUAAUUCUGGAUCCUGGACGGACGAGUGAUUUUUAUUUCCUUCUUUAUCUUCUGUUGAUUUUUCCAGUCUUCUACAAUGGUCAUGAAUUGCUUUUAUAAGUGGAAAAAAAUGUUAAAAAGAUUGCUUCGGCUGCUAACUGGAGAGCAGCUUGAAAGGGAAAGCAGGAAUGGAAGCAGGCCGGCUCGGAGGCUGAUUCCGAACCGACGCCUUGGAUGCAGUGGCUCGAAGGGAGGCUGUUCUGGAGGGAGAAGCAACAGGCUCAUUCCCUACCUGACACUCUGGCUCUGCUCUUGCCUGCAGACGACGCUCCACCCCCAACUCAGAAUGUCCAUGAGGAGCCCCGGCUCUGCGCAGCUGGCCCUGGAUGGCGUUGGCACCAUGGUGAAUUGUACUGUCAAGUCAGAGGGGAAGAAGGAGCCCUGCCAGGAGGCCCCCCAGGGCUUGGCCACUGCAGCUGAACCCCACCCUGGAGACCCAGCCCGGGCCCCCCAGGAUGGUGCUGACCCCCAAGCUCCAGCCCAGGACUGCAGCUCCCCGGAGAGCAAUGGGUCCCCAGAACCCAAGAGGCCAGGAGGCUCUGAGGCUGCUUCUGGAAGCCAGGAGAAGCUGGACUUCAACCGAAAUUUAAAAGAAGUUGUACCAGCCAUCGAGAAGCUGCUCUCCAGUGACUGGAAGGAGAAGUUUCUGGGAAGGAGCUCUGUGGAAACCAAAGAUGUCAAAGGGACCCAGGAGAGCCUGGCAGAGAAGGAGCUGCAGCUUCUGGUCAUGAUCCACCAACUGUCCACCCUGCGGGACCAGCUCCUGACGGCCCACUCAGAGCAGAAGAACAUGGCCGCCAUGCUUUUUGAGAAGCAGCAGCAGCAGAUGGAGCUGGCCCGGCAGCAGCAGGAGCAGAUCGCUAAGCAGCAGCAACAGCUAAUUCAGCAGCAGCAUAAGAUCAACCUCCUGCAGCAGCAGAUCCAGCAGAUCAACAUGCCUUAUGUCAUGAUCCCGGCCUUCCCCCCGAGCCACCAACCUCUGCCUGUCAGCCCUGACUCGCAGCUGGCUUUGCCCAUUCAGCCCAUCCCCUGCAAACCAGUGGAGUAUCCGCUGCAGCUGCUGCACAGCCCCCCCGCCCAGGUGGUGAAGAGGCCUGGGACCAUGGCCGCCCACCACCCACUGCAGGAGCCCUCCCAGCCCCUGAACCUCACAGCCAAGCCCAAGGCCCCCGAGCUGCCCAACACCUCCAGCUCCCCGAGCCUGAAAAUGAGCAACUGUGGACCCCCCAGCCAUGGGGCCCCCACACGGGACCUGCAGUCCAGCCCCCCAAGUCUGCCUCUGGGCUUUCUUGGUGAAGGGGAUGCUGUCACCAAAGCCAUCCAGGAUGCUCGACAGCUGCUGCACGGCCACAGCGGGGCCUUAGAGAGCUCUCCUAGCACCCCUUUCCGCAAGGACCUCAUCAGCCUGGACACGUCCCCAGCCAAGGAACGGCUUGAGGAGAGCUGUGUGCAUCCUCUGGAGGAAGCCAUGCUGGGCUGCGAUGUGGACGGCUCCCGCCACUUCCCAGAGUCCCGGAACAGCAGCCACAUCAAGAGGCCCAUGAACGCCUUUAUGGUGUGGGCCAAGGAUGAGCGGAGGAAGAUCCUGCAGGCUUUCCCGGACAUGCACAACUCCAGCAUCAGCAAGAUCCUGGGCUCCCGCUGGAAGUCCAUGACCAACCAGGAGAAGCAGCCCUACUACGAGGAGCAGGCACGGCUGAGCCGGCAGCACCUGGAGAAGUACCCCGACUACAAGUACAAGCCGCGGCCCAAGCGCACCUGCAUCGUGGAGGGCAAGAGGCUGCGGGUGGGCGAGUACAAGGCCUUGAUGCGGACCCGGCGCCAGGAUGCCCGCCAGAGCUACGCGCCCCUCCCGCAGGCUGGCCAGGUGCACGGGAGCUCCUCAGAUGCCGUGUACCCUCGGGUAGCAGGCAUGCCGCUGGCACAGCCCCUGGUGGAGCACUAUGUGCCCCGGAGCCUGGACCCAAACAUGCCUGUCAUCGUCAACACCUGCAGCCUCAGGGAGGAGGGUGAGGGCGCGGAGGACAGGCACUCCGCAGCCGAUGGUGAGAUGUUCCGGUACAGCGAGGAGGAGGACUCGGAGGGCGAGGAGAAGAGCGACGGCGAGUUGGUGGUGCUCACAGACUGAUCCCGGUGGGGGCCUGGUCCUCCUCCCUGGGGAAGACCAGCCCCAAGCUGAUGGGCAGAGCUGGCCCACCUGGACUUUGUUGGUACUUGGACUUGGGCCCGCCUGGGAGAUGGGCAGAGCUGUGCACCUGCAGAUACUUUCCUAAGAGGCCCUGCCCAGCACACCUGUGGGCACAGCUGAGGAGCUGCUGGCUGAGGUGGGCAGGGCCUCGUGGUGGUGAUGGGCUGAGCUCCUUGGUCCUUGGGGCUCAUGGCCAGGGGACACUGUAUGACCCUCCCCUCCUGCAGGUCUACGCACCCCGGGGUAUGGCAGCUACAGACCUGUCCCCCUGGGGCCACAUGCUUUGUUCCAUUCUUGUCCUGGAUGGACCAGCCACCGUGGGACCAGCACCCCGACACAUAGCACCCCCAGAUCCCUCCCCAAGCACCAGGCUCACUUUGUACUUUGUGCAAAAAGCUCUGGCUGUCCCUCACUGGCUUUAUCUUCACCAAGCCUGUUGUGCCUCUGGCUGCUGUGAGCGUGUGUGUGUACACACGUGUAUGUUUUCCUGUGUUCAUUUCUUGCACGAGAUAUUUAUUGAGUGCCCGCUGCGUGCAGGCACUGUUGCUGAGUUCCUGUGGGGGUGUCUCUUGAUGCCACUCUUGCUUCUCUGGGGGCCUCUUUUCUGUGCUUCUCUUUGUCCCCAAAUUACUACCUCUUUGUCAGUCUGGGUGUCUCAGGUUCUGUGCGUCCUUGAGUGCAUUUCUGUCUGGCCUUGUCUCCCUGCGGGGCCCUGUUUCUGUCCCUCUCCCUUCCUUGGUGUCUGCCCUGCCCCUGUGACGCCUGCUCGUCACUCUGGAUCUCUGUAGGCCCCUGCUCUGCCCCUGGGCCCACAGCGCCCUGACCGCCCCGCCCCCGACUCCCUCCUGACCCUGCCAGUUGGUUCCCAUGGAGCCAUUUUUAGUUCCAAGCAGCAUGGGAAUGUGCUUGCCUCCAAGGGGCUCUGUCCUGGUGCCCCAGCCCCUGGUCCCAACCAAGUGUCAGGAGAGGGGUCAGGAAGACUGAUGGUUAGUGACAGAGCCUGGAGAGCAGGGUUCCCAUGGCAGCUGGUCUCCGUUCCUCCCUCGUGAGCGGGGGGGAGGGCUCCCCGUUCUUGGAGGGGUCGGUGAGGGGACAGAGGCUCCACACUGCUCCUCCUGCCCCUCCCCCCCCCAAUCUGCACUCUAGAGUUGUCUCAGCGCCUGAGCACCUUCACCCGUUAUUUCCCUAAGAAAAUCAAGCCCCACUGGCCCCUGACUCCACAGAUCCACAACAGCCCUCAGGUCAGGGUGAGAAGGAACCCCAAAUCCCACAGGGGCAGAUGUGGCGUCUGUGUCCACCCCCUCCCCUUCCCCCCCCAGCCCAACUUCUCUUCUGGCUGUUUCUUUUUUUAUGACUGUAAACAUAGAUAGUGCUUUAUUUUGUUAAUAAUAAGAUAAUGAUGAGUAACUUAACCAACACAUUUCUCCUGUUUACACCUGGGGAGUUUUUUGUUUCCUGCUGGCGUAAUAAAGACAGACCAUUUCAGAA